AUUCAUUUAUAUGAAUUCAAAAGAAUUUACAAAAAAAAAAAAUAUUGAAAAUUGGUGAAGUUACCUGCAAAUGACCAUUUAUUUAAUGAUGUCCGUAAAAGGAAAAAAUUAAAAUAAACUACAGCACUAUGCCACUCUAUAACAAAAAGAAAUGCGGAAUUGAUAUUUUUCGCAAUUUUUGUUUUUCUUGUUUUCUACCAUUCCCAAAACCGAUUCUCCACUAACAAUUUCCUUCUCUUACAUCAAUCAAUCAGUCAAUCACUCAGCAGACUACCAAGUCUUCAGAGAGCAAGAGAGAGAAUCCCCCAAAAUUGAACUGCAAAGGAGGAGGGGAGAAUAACAGAAGAUUGAGCUAGAAAUCUACUAUUGAAAGAAACAGAGCGUAGUUCAAACCGACGGCGAGAGCUAUGGCGGGGAGAGAUUUACUGGUGGUUUGGGCCCUAGCUAUGGUGUCCUCGUCGCUGCUUCUGCCGCAAGCUCGCGGCAAUUCGGAGGGGGACGCGCUCCACGCGCUUCGUCGGAGCUUGACCGACCCUGACAACGUGCUCCAGAGCUGGGAUCCGAACCUUGUGAACCCCUGCACCUGGUUCCACAUCACCUGCAACCAGGACAACCGCGUCACUCGCGUGGAUCUUGGCAACUCGAAUUUGUCUGGCCAUCUUGUGCCUGAGCUUGGGAAACUUGAAUAUCUCCAGUAUCUGGAACUGUACAAAAAUAACAUCCAAGGAGAAAUUCCUGCUGAGCUGGGUAACUUGAAGAGCUUAAUAAGUCUGGAUCUAUACAACAAUAAUAUCUCAGGGAAAAUUCCUCCAUCACUGGGAAAUCUGAAAUCCCUCGUCUUUCUACGUCUUAAUGAUAAUCAGCUACAUGGACCAAUCCCAAGGACACUUGCUGGUAUAUCUACCUUGAAAGUUGUUGAUGUCUCCAAUAACAAUUUGUGUGGUACAAUACCGUCCAGUGGUCCAUUUGAGCACAUCCCUUUGAACAACUUCGAGAACAACCCCCGACUCGAAGGUCCGGAGCUGCAGGGACUUGCAAGUUAUGACACAAACUGCUCUUAAUCAACUGAUACGAGACACAGAAGUUUGCAGUAACAUAUCCUGGAUGGUGCUUUUUCCUUCUUAAAAAUAUAUGUAUAAGUUGGAGUGUGUUUUGGUAAGAUGCCUAGUCUUGUAAGCUUGUUUAUAUUUUCCGUUGUAGGUGACGGCAAUAAACCGUGGUAAUUCAUGAAUAUCUGUAAUUGGAACUAUAAUUUAUCAUGUAUUUUUUCCUUACUCUA